CAACGACCUGAAAAGAACAGGCAUGUCCGGCGGUGCCGACGACGCCCACCCGGGGUGGGUCGACCUCGCCAUGACCGACGCCUCCCUGGUGGCCGAGCUCCUCGUCCGCCUCGGCCACGCCCAGCCCCCGCCCCCCGCGCCUCGCCGCCCCUGAAGCUCGCCUGGAGCGUCCGCCAGCGCCGGACCAGGCAGCCCCCGGAACCCGGCCGAGAAGAAGGAGCAGGAGGAGGAGGAGAAGAAGGAGAAGGGCCCCGCAGCCGGGCCAGCCCCACCACGCCCCUCUCGUGGAGCGGCGCCACCUCCAGCGGCGGCGGCGCCGAUGGGUCCGAGGAGUCGCCGCCCUUGGACAGCGCCACGAGAUCUAAGGUGUCCUUAGCAAGUGCGAAUACAGGGUCCACUACCGUCGCUGGCAAAAGGCCGAGGAAGAAGAAGACCUUGGCUGAACUCAGAGAAGAGGAAAGCUUGCUGUUGAAGGAAAGGAGAAAUCUGAGACAUGAGUUGGCGACUUUAGGGCUCAACUUAGAGAAAGCAAGAUCCAUAAACCAAAGCUUGAAGAGAAGAAAGCAGAUGGGCAUGCAGCCGCAAGCGGUGGUUCCUGAGCAACAUGAGCAAGUAGAAGCGCCUUGUAUUCCUUCGGAACACACCAAAGUAGCAACGCAACAGCAGCAACGUUUCAGUAACAUUCCGGAAGUAAAGAAGGUCAAGAGUCCCGAGAGGCUCGAGCUACCAGACCUGAAUCUGCCACUAGAAGAUGGUGGCCCAGGCAUUUCGUGCGCCGCAGCUUGAGAGUGUUGGUCAAGCCACGGCAUGAUGUUGUUCUUACUGAAGUAAGCUGACUGAUUAAGUUCAUUUAACCAAGUGGUUAAAAUCACGGCUGAUGAUUUUUUAAAUUUUCGUAGUCUUAGCUGUGGAAUAGCAAGGGUAGGACGGAUCGUGAGUUCGUUAGUUGUUGUAAUUACCUAUAGCAAUCACCAAGCUAGUUAGCCUUACCGUAUUUUCAUAUAUCUUUUCCAAGGUUACAUCCUUAAAUAGAUUUGCAAGGAUCUCUUUCUUUCAAUGCCUUUGUAUGAACCGAGAGUCUUUCAUGUAAUGCAGAUGUUAUGUGACGUGUCGAGGUUGUAUUGCA